UGUAUUCUUGUUUGUUUUAUGUGCAAAUAAGCUUGUUGCUGGAUGCACGAUCUAUGUUCAAUGAUGGGGAACCAAUUGCCUUCAAGAAGAUGCAACAAUUUUCCGCAGUCGACGGGUUUCUGCAGAUAGCUGAAGAAUCGGCUGAUAUGAUAGAAUUUGUGGCUAAUGAGCCCUCUGUUGGGCUUUAUUACGUUCAACAGCACACCCAGAAUGCAGUUCCCAACCUUAUUAAUCUCAAGAACAAAGUUGUCGAAAAAUCCCGUGAGACAACUUUGCAUACAGAAGAUUUAGAGGAUUCUAUUUCCAUUGUUAGGUCGAUGAAAGAAUAUGGCUUCCCGAUUGCUGAUGAGAUGACUCUAGAGAUCAAAAAAUCUCUUGCAAUCAUGUCAAAAAGACAGCCAAAGAGAGGGUUGUUAAAUAACUCAGGUUUUGGCAUUGAUAAAACCAGCUCUUGGUCUCCAGCCACCUGGGGUCGUAAUGCAGUUCAUUCAGAUCUGGGGGAUGAGAGAACGAGUGGUUAUCUGUCUAGUGUUUUUCGAUCUGCGAAACAAAGAGCUGGAAAUUUCAAAUGGAGUCAAGUUGAGUUUAAAGAAUCAAGCCUUCCCGAGGGUAAGAAGCUCUCAUCCUGUGUUAAUCCCACACUUGUAAAG